AAAUUCCCACUUUAUUUUUAUGAGCAAUUACCAUUACCUCUGUGAGUGUUGAAACAUAAAAAAAAAUUGAAGUAUGUAUGACUGAAAAUAACGCAGGAGACAAGAACAAUUCUAACCUCAAAAUUAUCACAUCGCAUUUCGCGUCGUCGAUACUGGACAGUUCGGAACAAACGCUUGAAGUUGGAACGUGUACUACCGUCAUCUCAGAAUUCGGCAAAUCAUGGAUAACGUUUUCAAACUGGUUGAAUUCAGAGAAGAGAAUGACGGACAAAAAAAAUCAGUCGAUGUUAUUCCAAGUAGUUGGAUAGCUUAUGAUAAAAACACCGAUGGACUCAUGGCAAAAUUUAUGCCCCCACCAUAUGAUGAAGAGAAUUCAGCAUUACUGCAUUCACUUAUCGAAUGUUGUGCUCCAGCACCGGAGGAUUGGCCAGCUUAUGCAGUCACUGUACGCGGCAGAGCUAGAACUUAUCAAGAAGGCUUGAAAAAAUUGAGAAUACUCGACCAAAAAGACCAUGCAUUCUCUACUGACGAUGAAUAUUCUUCAAGUGACAAAGCUAGGAUGGCAAUGGAAUCCUAUAAAACGGGAGAACGGGUUUCUAACAGUCUUUGGGAGGUUCCUGAAUUGACGGAUGAAAAUCUGAAUCUAAUAUCCGAAACGUUUGAGCUAGCUACUUCGGAAACAGUAUCUAAAACAAAAGAGAAAGAGUCGACAAAAAAGAUCAAAGUGGUGCAAAACAAAAUCAUCCCCGAGUCUUUUACAAAGACUCAAACACGACAGGAGAGUACACCACCUCUUAUGCUAUUCGACGACAUGGUAUCAGUAAUGAAAGAUGGUGCUUCAUUGGAAGAUAUCAAAGCAGCCGUGACUAAAGGUUUCUAUGCACAAAGCCUUCAUUUGGCGCAAAUAUCGACUCAACUAGAAGAACUGAAAAUUAUGUGUACAGAAACUGUAGCCAACAAGAUGUCCGAGCUUCCAAACUUCAGCAGUCCAACCAAAAAACAUAAUUUAAUUCUGCCAUUAAAAAAUAUGCAAGACUUUAUGGACUUCGAGGCUAAACUACUCGCCGAUGAAAAAUUUCGUAAUGACAUUAUUGCAAGCAUGUGGCGGAUUGCUAGUAUUUCCGUGCCAAUGCAACAGACCGUACGGGAUAUUUUCAAAAAAUUCAUCUCUCGAGACAUUGUUGUACAAUUCACCGCAGUGAAGAAUACGGGAAGAAAGCAAGUCCUUUCCAAAACUAAAUUCUUCUCGUGCGUUCAAGAUGUUGUUAUCGCAAAAUUCGCCAGCGACGAGAAGAAAUCCGUAAGCGUCAAAGAUUUUGAGCAAGCUGUUGGCAGAGUCAUCAACAAUGCCAAGGAUUGGGAUGGAAAUCGGGCUAUACGCCAAAAAAAUUCCCAAUAAACGCGUAUUUUUAAGAAUAUAAAAUUAGACUCUGUAUCCACAUGUUCCUCAAACUUGACAAUUUAAAAAACAUAAUUUAUGUUUAUAAAACAUAAUUAUUAAUUUAUAUGUUACACAUGUAAAAA